AGGAAAUAUUGCAUUUUUCCUUAUAGGCUACACUGCGUACAGAAUUGGCUAAGUCAACGAAAAUCGAUAGACUCAGCACGAGCAUGACGUGGAUAUUCUUUUGGAUUCUUUUCCCCAUCGUUGUAAAAGUGACCAAUGAGGUUCCAGGAGACAGGCUUGAGGUUCCAGAGAUACCAGUGUACCUCGGGGAUUCAGUUUCCCUGCCAGGGGCGAAGGGGAAUCAGACCAGAUUGAUUGAAUGGACAUUUAAGAACAGCAGUGGAUAUUCAGAGGAUGUUCUUACCCUUUACUCCGCGUCGCCAGAGAGCCCUGACAUCUUUGCAAAGUACAAAAAACGGAUAUCUGUCUUGCCCAAUGGUUCAUUCACUUUGAAUCAUGUGGAGUGGCAAGAUGGUGGCCAUUAUGAAAGAAGAAUUAACCAAAAGGAAAGGCAGCAGUAUUGGCUCCGCGUUCUCGAGCUUCCUGGUGACCCGAGCAUAAUUAAAAACCAAGAUAUCCUAACUUGUAAUGUCACUAGUUACAAUUCAGUGACAUGGACAAAGGAUGAUCAAAAUGUCCCAGAAGACUUUGAGAUUUCAAACAACACCCUAAAACUACCCUCUAAUGCAUCUGAGUCGAGGCUCUGCGGAGUAUACAAGUGCCAAGCCCAAUUCACAAAGCACAACAAGACAUCAGAUCUAUUACUAAUUGUUUUUUCAGAUUGGCAGAAAGCCAUUGUCAUUAUAGAGAUCUGUGCAUUUGUCAUGAACCUACUAUCUGUGCCGUCCAUCACUAUGCUGUUUUGGAAAUGGGAAGAAAGAGGGUUUGGUCUGAUGCAUUGGUGGUUGGAUAUUGGUGACCUUGUUUCCCCUAUUCUAAACAUCGCUGGACUGGGCUUAUGGAUUCAUGAAGAAAAUAACCUCACAGUUGUUUCGGGGAUUCUGAUGGUGAUUGCCAUACCCAUCUUAAUAUUAACCAUAAUAGAAAGAAGACAAGUCCAACUGCAAUGGCUACACUGUGUAAUCAAAAUUGUCCAGUAUUUGCUCACAUUAUCAGUCAUCUUAUUUAACAUUUACAAAGAAAGUCCUUGCAGUUUCUUUAUGCAGAACAGCCUCCUUUGCUUUUUAACACCAGUACUCUUGGUAGGGUUAUUGUGGGCUUGCAUUUUUAUCUACUGUAGGGUAGCAGCUGGUAACAUGAAGUUUACCAGGACAGCAGAGAAUGAGGAGAAGAAUGAGACAUUACACAGAGAGGAAGGGCAGGUGUGUCCUGUCUCUAGUUAACAAGACUGCAGUGCUUUCUGUAUCUCGUUAACAAGGCUGCAGUGCUUUCUGUCUCUAGUUAACAAGGCUGCAGUGCUUUCUGUCUCUAGUUAACAAGGCUGCAGUGCUUUCUGUCUCUAGUUAACAAGGCUGCAGUGCUUUCUGUCUCUAGUUAACAAGGCUGCAGUGCUUUCUGUCUCUAGUUAACAAGGCUGCAGUGCUUUCUGAAUCUAGUUAACAAGGCUGCAGUGCUUUCUGUCUCUAGUUAACAAGACUGCAGUGCUUUCUGUCUCCAGUUAACAAGGCUGCAGUGCUUUCUGUCUCUAGUUAACAAGGCUGCAGUGCUUUCUGUCUCUAGUUAACAAGGCUGCAGUGCUUUCUGUCUCUAGUUAACAAGGCCGCAGUGCUUUCUGUCUCUAGUUAACAAGGCUGCAGUGCUUUCUGUCUCUAGUUAACAAGGCCGCAGUGCUUUCUGUCUCUAGUUAACAAGGCUGCAGUGCUUUCUGUCUCUAGUUAACAAGGCUGCAGUGCUUUCUGUCUCUAGUUAACAAGGCUGCAGUGCUUUCUGUCUCUAGUUAACAAGGCUGCAGUGCUUUCUGAAUCUAGUUAACAAGGCUGCAGUGCUUUCUGUCUCUAGUUAACAAGGCUGCAGUGCUUUCUGUCUCUAUUCAACAAGGCUGCAGUGCUUUCUGUCUCUAGUUAACAGGUGCGUUAAACGUAACUGGUUGUCUAAUAAAAAGACUAAGCUAACUAAUAAACUUCCAGUAGCCCUGAAUGUUACAACAGGCCAGCAAUACAAAGUGGUGCCCACUCAUCCGCAAACCCAGGUGGAAUCACAAGCCAUUGAUAGCUGUAUACUGUAUCAUUUUAAUAUUACUUUUUCUGUUAAGUACAAAACAUGGAGAGUGUGAUGUUUGAAAAGUUCAUUGUUACAAUAUGCAUGAUAAUUAUUAAAUAUGUACUGUACACUUUUAGUUUUGUUUUGUUAAUUUCUUACAUGUAUUGAUGUAACUCU